AUGAUACCCCAUCGGGCUGUAGCGAUAUCAGAGAGGCGAGCGCGUGCCGUGCAGAGGGCAGCGGCAACGUGUAGCAGGAGCAGGAGCAGCAGCAGCAGCAGCAGCAGCGGGAGGGAAAGCUGCAGCAGCUACUGCAGCUGCAGCGCGAGAUGCUCCCCUGAGUACCCAGGAGCCAGGUCGGACUGUACGUCUACCAGUCCAUAUGACCGAUUGUUCGUUGCAGCUGCUGCGCAGCACGCUGCUGCCACAACUUCUGUCCCCUGCUCUCCAGCAGCUAACGAAGACGAAUUCAGCAGCUGCAGCAGCGGCUUGAGCGACAGCAGUGGGGACGAGAGCAACAGCAAAAGCGUCCCCAGCCUGCCUAGCAGCAGCAGCAGCAGCAACCGCUCCACCAGCAGACGCACAGAAAGCCCCGAGGAACGGCAAUUCUCAGUUCCUGCCAGCGUCGCUGCGAGCACAGCGCCUUCUGCAGCUCUUUGCGUGGAAAGCGCACAAGGACCAGCCGGUGCCGCCGCUGUUGUUACUGGGUCCCCCAUUUGGCUGCAAGGAAAGCUAAAGGCUGCCAGCAGCAGCCGUCCGCACGUGCAGGAGCCUCCCGCCUCGGCCAAGGUGCCCGGUGAGGUUGAGCGUGCAGCAGCAGAAGCAGCAGCAGCCACAGCAGAGGCAACAGCAGAAGCUGCUGAAGGUCCCGCUGCAGCAAUUGCUGCUGCAGAAGUACCGGGAACAGCUGCAGCAACACUUGCAGCAGCUUCUGCAACCGCUGCAGCAGCUGUAGCAACCGGUGCAGCAGCUGCAGCACGUGCUGGAGACGGCGGUGGAGGCUCAGCCCCCUCUAGCGUGCUGCAGGGCCCGAGUUGUCGGGUUGCUUUAGGAGCAGACACUUACGCAGUAAUGCCCCCUACCAGCAACGGCAGCAGCAGCUGCAGCAGCAACAGCUGCAGCAGCACAGUCCAGCAGCACCAACAGGAGGCGCAGCCACCCCUGCCAGCAGUAGAGUCUCCGGCACCAGCAGCUGCAUCAGAGAAGCCAGAUUUGGCUGCUGGAGCAGCAGCAGGCACACAAGAAGCAACAGAAGCAGAACCAAAACUAGCAUCAAGAGCAACAGCAGCAGCAGAGCCGGGACCAGCAGCAGCAACCGCAGCAGGACCAAUGGAGCGGCCUGCAGCUGCUGCUGUGGGCCCUGCCGAGGUGCCUAGCGGGCAUUUUGGGUCUCGUUUGUUGAGUUUGUCAACUGACUCUCUGCAUGCGCGAACAACUGCGGCGCCGCAGCUCGAUACGCAGCCCAGCAACAGCAGCAGCAGUAGCAGCAGCAGCAGCAGCAGCAGUCCGUGCCCUUCUCGUCUGUACAAGUGGCACGUAGGCGGCUACGCUGUAUGGACAGCUGGCAGCGGCGCUCGCAUGGGGGGCCCUGGGGGCGUCUCGCGUGUGGGAGGCACACACUGUGAGAUGAUGCAGGAGCUGCGGAAGCAGGCAGACUUAAAAGCAUCUGUAGACAAAGCGGUCCUGUUGUUCAAUAAGGAAGGGCUGCAUGCAGCGCUUCAGCUGCUGGGAGAACGCAAACUUAUCGAGGCACAAGAUCCUGCUGCCGUUGCGCGUUUCCUUUAUGAUACCCCGGGGCUCGAUAAGAAAAAGGUUGGGGAGGUUCUGGGCGAUUGCAGUUCUUUUUCAAUAUUGGUGCUUCAAUCUUUUGCUUCUCUGUGCGAUUAUCGCGGUUUGUCCAUAGACGAGGCGCUGCGGCAGUUUCUCUCGCGCUUUCAGCCUCCAGGGGAGGCGCAGCAGGUGUACAGACUGCUGUACCGUUUCGCUGGGCUGUACGUACGCGACAACAAGGAAUUGGGGCUCGACCUGGACACUGUUCAUUUCCUUGCUUACGCCAUUUUAAUGCUGCACACUGACCGCCACAACCCCAAAGUCCGCCGCAAAAUGACCAAAGAACAAUUCAGAAAAAUCGUUGCAGCGGGAGGAGCACAAUUACCAGACAAUGUCGUAGACUGUAUGUACGACCGAGUUGUUGUACAUGAAUUCAGACUCAAUAUCACGGACACUGACAGGGUGUACAGCCGGCUGGUGAACGACCCUCGUGCGCUGCGGCAUUUGCCAGCGCCUUUUUCUCGGCCUUCGGAGAUCUGUCCUUCUCCUACGCUGCAGCAGCACAUGCAGCAGCGGAGCAGCAGCUGCAGCAGGGGCGGUGUCGGUCCAGCGGGUGCUGGCGCUGCUGCUGCUGCUGGAGGGAGUGGUAUAGACUCUGCUAUGGGGGGCAUCGGGAACAGCAGCAGCAGCAGCAGCAGCGGAGGCGCCGCAAGAAUGGUGUCUUUGGCUAUUCAUCCGCAUUCUGCUUCUGAGGGUUCAGCGUGUUUGUGCGGGGGAGAGGAAGGCAGCAGCGGCGCGGAGGUAGCGGAGUGUAUGGACACUUCAUUGUUCAUAGAAGGCUCCGUAUUUGUGAAGCUAUGUCGCAACGGCCGCAUGAAGAGACGGCUAAUUCGGGUGUCCCCAGACCACAUGCUGCUGCUGUGGGGCCCCCCCAACAGCAAUGCAGAUGACAACGCGAAGCAAGCGCCGAGUUCGUUGCCUCUGGAGGAACUCGUGGACAUUACGGUGGGGUGUCUGUACAGCACGGCGAAGAAGUUUGAAUUGACAGACGAAAUGGAAGCCCGCUGCGUCAGUCUACAGUUCGUCUCGAGGCGCCUUGACCUCUUUGCUGCGGAUCUGUCGAAUUCAACAUUUACCCGUUGGAUUGGUUUCUUUCACCAGAAGGUGGCGCAGCAGCAGCAGCAGCGUCAGCAGCGGCUGCUGCUGCAGCAGCAGGAAAUGAGUCACCACAAGCGACAGCUGCUGCUGAAAGAAAGCCGCAUGCGGCGCGAGGAAGCAGCAGCACGAAACUUCGAACUCUGGAGAGAUGAAGUGCUGCCGCACUGGGAGGCGAGUUGGUCAUGCGAGGCUGUGCCUGUUGCAGUUCCUGUGCGGCCAUCUCCCUUAGCUAUUUUCGUUGCUUUUGCUGCUUCAAGUGCUUCGUCUUUGCUGCGGCUGCCUCGCUCCGUCGUGCUGCGGCACCUCAACCGCAGCCACAAAGGCAGCAGCAGCAAAUUCAGUCGAAAAAACUUCACUGGCGCCUCCUGGAACCGUAGCAGCAUCGUUUCCCUUCGCCGCAUCCGCAGAGGCGCACAGAGAGGAGGAGACAUUGCAGCUACAUUGGGAAGAGCAGCCUCUAGACAGGUGAAGAAGCUCGCAUCGUUGCCUGCUGCUUUUGGCGCUUGCUGCAACCCCUCUUUUGCUGUUUGCAGCAGACACAGAAGCCGCUCCGCUGCAGCAGCAGCAACAGCAUGUGAUGCAGAUGCUGCUGCUGCUGCAGCUGCGGAGGAAGAGGGAGGAGGGCGCAGCAGCAGCAGCGAGCUGCCGAAUGCGAAAAGACGGGCAGCAGCAUUAGGGAGAGAAGGCUGCAGCAGCUUCUGCAGGACAGGAGGGGGAUGGGGGGCUCAGCAACAAAGCAACAGCAGUUUAUCUGCUUUGAUGCAGCAGACGAAUCUCGUUGGGAGUGCCGUAGCAACCGAAGCCAAUGCGUACAUACAUCUCAGCCACCUCGGUACGACCUGGGUGGGUCGUUACAGCUUAGACAGAGGGAGGCGUACAGACACCGCAACGCACCCUGCAUUUGUUCGUCUUUGGUUGAGUGGUGUGCCCGGAGAAUUGAGGGGAAAACUCUGGCUAAUUGCCCUUGGAAACGAACAAAAUAUCGGAAUACCGUUGCGGGAAGCGCUGCUGCACAUCAGGAAAAUGCAGAACAACACACCCCAAUAUGCAGCCUCCUCCCCUCCAACCAGCAGCAACCACUCCUCAGCUAAUGCUCCCCAUACACCCCGAAACGCCCCUCCUAAUGACAACUUCCAAGACGCUGCUGCUGCACCUGCCGCUGCAUCUGCUGCUGGACUUGCUGCUGCACCUGCUGCAGCAGGCGCAGCACAAGCUGUUGCAACUACCCUUCCUGUAGCCGCAUCGACGGCGCCCCAACCUCCAACAGCAGCAACCGACCCCGCAACAGCACCAGCAGCAGCAGCCACGGACCCCGCAACAGCACCAGCAGCAGCAGCAGAUGCGUGGAGUUCGUGUGGGGGUGCAAAUGGAGGCCCAGCAUUUAGUCGCAGUAGCAGCGCACUGGACGGGAUGAGACGAAUAACGAUGCGAGGCAUUCCGUAUCUGAUGAACAGAAAAAUCGGUGAGGGGCCCUUGCUGCUCACCACCUCCCUAGAUGAACUGAGAGACGAGGUCGCCUCUGCUGCUGCUGCAGCUGCAGCAGCAACGGCGCACGCUGCUUCUCCCCUGCGGAGACAAGUAGAUUGCUGUGCCGGCCAGGAAAGCGCUGCGGCUCUCCAGGGGCCCCCUUUGAAUCCAUCUUCCCCCGUGGGGCCAGCAGCAGCGGCAGCAGCAGCAGCCAGCAGCAGCAACAGACCAUUUUCCACCUUUGUCCCAAUGCCCAAACCGCGAAAUGUGCAGCAGCAGCAGCAGCAGCAAUUGGCGGCAGCAGCAGGUGAAGCAGGCGCGCCUGCUGCUGCAGUAGGGGUGCCUUUAGCAGCAACUAACGACCUGCAAGGGAACAGCUCGGAGGAGACGGAUGGAGUUUGCGGCUGCUCCUCUGUUUGUGCAACAGAAGCUGCAGCCCCUAUAGGCAGCAACAGCAGCCGUCAAUGCACAGACAGUGUUGCUGCUGCUCCUGCUGUUGCUGGGGCUUCUGCUGCUGCUGCUCCUGGGCGAGGGGGUGUUUUGAUGCAGCUCAGCAGCAGCAAUAUCACUGAUUUCUCUCCAGCGCCUUUCUGCUCGCCCGACGCAGUGCCUCUCUCUGCUUCAGAAGCAGGGGGGACGUAUUGCUGCUCUCAGCAGCAGCAGCAGCAGCACCAUCAGCAGCAGCAGUACAGGGGAAGUUCAGCGGGUGGUUAUUGCUGGCAAGAAGGAGAACUAAUGACCAUAGCAGAGGGAGUGCGAGCGCUGCUGGAGGCAUAUGUGUUGUACAGGCCUGAUGUGGGCUAUGUUAGGGGAAUGGAUUGCCUUGCGUCGAUGUUAUUGUGUUUUCUUCCUUUGGACUUAGCGUUUGUUGCUCUUGCGAAUUUGCUGCCUGCAUUUCAUUUAUUGGAUUUCUUCAGUCCUGCACUACCAUGCAACCGGCGUUCAAUUGCAUUGAAAUUCGAUUUCUUUGAAUCGAUGCUUCGCCUCCGCCUUCCCCACCUGUACAGACACCUCGCGGGCCUGCAAGUUAUUCCUGAUCUCUAUCUCAUUCGAUGGAUGGAGACGCUUUUCUGCAGGGCUCUCCCCUUCUCCACCCUAUGCCGCACCUGGGAUGGACUUCUUCUCAUGGGAGAGGCUUACUGCUUUCAGGUGGCCUUGGGCCUGCUGAAAUAUCACGAGUCAGAGCUGCUUUGUAACUCCUUUGAGGGCUGUCUUGCGAUAUUAAACCGGCAUGCACAUCCUACAGCAGACGAAGACGGAGCGUUUGAUGCCGUCCGCUUUUUCAAGUAA